AUGGAGCUGGAUGUGCAACGGGCCAAGGAGCUCAUCGAGCAGAAGCUGGCAGAGGAGGAGGAGGAAGAGAAGCGACUCAAAGGGGAUGGUGCACGGGAGCCACUGGCCGUGGAGCGGAUGAACACACCAGAGCUGGAGGAGGAGAAAUGCCAUGGCCCCAGGAACCGAGGCCUCGAGGCCAUCAAGGGCCAGGAGAGGGUGCGGAAGAGCUCAGUGGACCUACGGCGGGAGAUCAUUGAUGUGGGGAGCAUCCAGCGCCUCAUCGAGCUCCGCAAGCAGCGCCGGCAGCGCCGGGAGGAGCGGGCAGCCACCCCCGAGCCCCCGCCGCAGCCUGAGCCCCUGGAGAUUGAGGGUCCCGUGGAGCCGGAGACCUUCCUGCGAGCUGCUGUCCAAGGCAAGAUGCGCGUCAUCGAGAAGUUUCUGGCAGACGGUGGCCCCCCUGACACGUGUGAUGAGUUCCACCGCACGGCCCUGCACCGCUCCUCGCUGGAGGGACACACGGACAUCGUGCAGAAACUGUUGGACAGCGGGGCCACUGUCGACUUCAGAGACCGGCUGGACUGCACCGCUGUGCACUGGGCUUGCCGUGGCGGGCACCUGGACGCUGUCAAGCUGCUGCAGGACCGGGGGGCAGACCUCAACCUGAAGGACAAGCUGCUCAGCACCCCCCUCCAUGUGGCCACCCGGACCGGGCACCCUGACAUCGUGGAGCACCUCAUCCACUGCGGGGUGGACAUCAACUCCCCGGACAGGGAAGGCGACACGGCACUGCAUGACGCCACACGGCUCAGCCGUUACAAGAUCAUUAAAAUGCUGAUCCUGCACGGGGCCGACAUGAUGGCCAAGAACCAGGCUGGUAAGACCCCGACGGACCUAGUGCAGCAGUGGCAGGUGGACACACGCCAGGCGCUGGAGACCAAGGAGCAGCCGCAGGGGGAGACGGAGGUCCCUGCAUGA